AAAUUGAGUGAUAAUCACAUGCACAUAAACUGAUGCUAUUAUUCUGUAUUCAAAAGAAUAAUCUCAGUUGGUAUACGUUUUUGUUUGACGAUAAUAUUUUAUUCUAAAUAUUCUAAAACGCUAAAAUCUGAAAGUAUUAUAUUUCUUGUAUUUAACAGUGUUAAUUUUAAAUCAAUAUAAUUAAUUAGUUUACUGAUUAUUUUUAGCUAAUUUUAAAAGAAAAACAUUAUCUAUAUAAGUAAAAAGAAAACUUAAAAUAUGACUGAUCUGAAAAAAGAAAUGGAGUCCAAUAUUAAAUAUAAAUACAGCUUAAAAUCCAUUUUCGCUCAAAGCUUGGCACUGGCUGGACCGUGUUUCAUACAGAUCGGGAUCGGCAUAGAACUCACAUGUUCAACAAUAAUUAUUGGAGCGUUAGCGAACGAUAAAAACAAAAACGGUUUGCAACCCUUAACAGAUGAACAAGCGUCUUGGUUUGGUAGUCUUCUGUUCUUGUUUACUCCCUUGGGAAGCGCACUAUCUUCAUUAACACUGAACCGAUUCGGUCACAAGACGUGCAUGAUAAUAACCAACAUACCGUUCAUAGUGUCGCAGAUCAUGUUCUUCUACGCCAACAGCAUCGAGACAUUGUAUGCGUGUUCGAUGCUGAUGGGGCUUAGCGUCGGAUACUCAGGCGGGCCGUCUUCCUCCUACAUCGGCGAGGUGUGCGAGCCCAAACUGAGGGGAGCACUGAUGUCAGCAACGAACGUCUUCUACUACGUUGGCUCGUUGCUGUUCACGUUGAUAUACGCGAUCACAUUGGAAUGGAGGCUGACCGUGCUCAUUGGCAUGUCGAUCCCAAUCGCGACCGUCGUUAUAUUGUUCAUGACGCCGCAAUCUCCAAUGUGGUUGCUGACCAAAGGUGAAUCCUUAAAAGCACAGCGAACACUUGGAAAAUUAAGGGGAUGGCCGUCUCAAGAAACAUGUUCAAGCAAAGAGUUCAAAGAAAUGAUAGCUUAUACAUCUUCUGUGGUAUACGACGAAGACGACAACGAGACAGACCAGAAUGGUGAAACGAGUUCUUGGGGACAACUCCUUCGGCCUGAAGUUUACAGACCGUUCCGUCUGUUGGUUGUUUACAUUUUUUUCGCGAAUUUACUGUCUGGAAUACAGUAUGGACCAUAUUUAGUAUCAGUAUUUACUGAAUUUGGCGCACCUGUUAACGUCGAAUUCACAUUAGCGUUUUCAGUGUUUUUAUCAACAAUUGGUGGAAUAAUAACGAUAUUUUUGAUAAGCAAACUCGGCAAACGAUUUCUUACAUUUUCGACGUUAUCGAUUUGCUCAAUUUGUUAUAUAUUAAUCGGAUUAAUCGGUGUGUAUACGACAAACUCAAACCCUACUACUUCUUGGUUGAUAUUAAUACUCUUUCUAACUACUACUUUCAUGUCAUCGCUUGGGAUAAUGCCUAUCGCAUGGGUACUUCUAACUGAAAUAUUUCCAAUGAAGAGUAGAAACAUUACAUGCAGCGCAGGUGCAGCAAUAGGUUACUUAAUAGCUUUCUUCCUGAUCAAAUAUUAUCUUGAAUUAUCCAACUUGGUGAACUUUUACAAUACUUUUACUUUAUUUGGAAUUUCGGGUUUAUUUGGUACUGUAUAUUUUUAUUUUUAUCUGCCAGAAACUGAAAACAAAACAUUGCAAGAAAUAUCUGAAUUUUUUAAAUAGAAUUUCUGUUGUUAUUAUUUAAAUACAAAUGAAACUGCAUCAAUAAACUCAACAAGAAAAGGUAGUUGAAAAUAUAAGUAAAGUAAAAGACACUUAACAACGCUAUAUCAAAACUUUAACAACAUUUACGUUUGUCGUAGGAGAUCGUGAUCUCUGCUGCAUCGUUGAUGUUUACACUUGAGUGAUCUAGGCCUAAUGUUAAAUUAAAUUGAGUUCUUAUAGUAGGCCGCCGUAAUAGAGUUUGUAUUAAUAAAGUUAUUAUUUAUUAGUCAUAUUCAGUUAUAAAUUUAUAACUCAUAAAAUAUAUGUUUAUCAAAUAUCUUUUUAACAUAUAUAAUGAAAAAAAUAUAUUUAAUUUAGUACAUAAAUCAAUAAUAACAAACACAUAUUUAUAUAAGCAAUAUGUAUAUUUAUCUGUGUUCAACGUAUUAUAUUUUUUGGAUAUACCUAAAUAUUUAUUAUUAUUUAUUAUCCAUGUAAUUAUUAUAAUUAUUAUAAUUUGGUCUCAAUAUUUUGUAUUAUCUUUGAAGUAUUUAUUUGUAUUAAUAAAGUAGUAUUUUUUACGCUUAAUAUACAAUUUUUUGUAAAACACAAUGGUUUAAAGCUUGAACACAUUUGUCAUGUUAAAUAUUUCUGAGAAUAUGGUAUAUUUACCUAGGUUUUUUCAUACCAUAUAGUAUAAGAGUUAUUUAUUGUUUUGUAUAAUUAUAUUUUUCUGUUCAUGUUUUAUUUACAUUAGGUUAGUUCCGUG